AUGUCAUAAAUUGACCCUGCCUAUUUCGAAAAGCUCAAAGAUUAGCUUAACAACCUAAACAACAACAAUGAGAGCUUCACAGAAAGGAAUAUUUUUGAAAUUAGAGAACGUUUAUGUCGAAUUUCAGAAGAGGUACAUCAAGAAAGAAAUAGAGACACCAAUCAUGUACUCAAUAAAUGUAAUAUACUUAUAGCAAGUCCUUCAAAAUAAUUAAAAAAUUUUCGUUGAGAAUUGCUUGAACUUUAUUGUUUAUGUCCUUCAACAUGUUGAACCAUAAACAUCUCGCAAUACUAAAUUCUUAAUUAGAGCUGCCAUCUUGGAAUUAUUACAAAAGAAAAUUCUUUUAUAACACAUGACAUUUCAAGUUGUUGAAUAAAUGACUGUUGUAUUAGAAAAGGACAAUGAAAAUAAUGCAGCUGUAGCCAUCCGCAUCAUCAAUGAUCUAUUAAAGUCUAACCAAUAAUAAUCUCAUCAAUACUAGAGAUCAAAUACUCUAUUUUCAGAUUCAUUGUUAUUGAGACUCUAUUCUUUCUUUGAGUAGCGGAUCGAAUUCUUGGUUAAAUUUAAUAAUGAACUCAAAAAAUCUUAAUACAAGAAACUUUUAGGAGAUAAUUAAGGAAAUCCAUUCUAAGAUCAGAAUUAUGUCUUAUAAUCAGAUAUAGAAGAUAAAAGAGAAAAAGACAUAAGACUCAAUAUUUAUAGCUUAUCUUUUGUUACUAAUAUACCACCAUUCUUCAUUUACACAAUUUUUGUUCUGGACUCAAUAGUGAAAGAUGAAGUAAUCAUUUAUUUUUAAAGUAGACCAAAACCUAAAUGAGAGAAAUCUUGAAGAGAGCCUUAAAGACUAUGAAUUAAGUAAUUAAUGAGACCAAUUUUUAAGAUUUAUUAUAGAAAGUCCCAAGGAAUAUAGUUUAAGAACUUUUUAAUGCCUAUUCAAAGUUUUUAUAAUUACUUGCUCUUACAAUUAAAAGGGAUGAAAAUUAGAUGCAACCUUAAUCAAGAAUAAUUAAAGAUAUAUCAGAUACAAUAAAAUUAGAUUCAGUAAUUGCCACUAUCAUCAAAACACUUAAGCAUUGUCCUGUUGAUAUUAUGCAUAUAAGGAUUGAUAUCAGUAAUCGUCUGAAAUAAUCUAUUAUUUAAAAAAGAGAUGCUAUAUAAUAAAAUGAUAUGACAGAAAAGAUUAAUGAAAUAAAUGCCAAUGUUGCUGAAUUGAUUGAUGAAGAAACAAUAGUAGGUAAGAAUCUAAAAAUACCACCAUAUUAAAAGACUAGUAUUUAUCAAAAUUGGUUAGAUAUUGUUAAACAUGUAGUUUAAAGUUAUCUCCCUAAGAAUGAAUAAUAAAAUUAAUAACCUACUAACUUAGAGAAAAUGUAAACUGAUUUCAUUAAUAAUUAAGCAUAUAUGGACAAGAUUUUCAAUACUAUAUUUAAGGUUUUAUUUGAUUCCUCUUUAUAAUUAUCUAUUCAUGAGAAAGCUUUAGAUUUAAUUAAAGUGUUUUUAGAUUUAUUUGCUAAAUAAAACACUUAUUUCAUUGAUAAGAAUUUAUUUUAAUAUUAUAUUGAUUAACCUUAACAACAAUAAUAAUAAAAUGAUUCUAUGUUCAAGGAAGUAACAACUCAUAGUCCAAAGUAUAAAUUGUUGGAUAGAUUAUUUUAGAUGAUAGGAAUGAAAUUAGCAUAAAUUAGAAAGCAAAUCUAGUAGAUCAAAGAAAUGUUAAAUAGAACUUAGAAAUGGGGUAUUAUAAAGAAAACAACUCAGCAAACCAAUGUUUCAUCUAUGCCUUGUAAUAAUGAAACUUUAAAUGAAAGAUAUAUAAGUUAAUUAGAAUAGUAUAUUAAGGAAAAUGAGAUUGAUAUUGAUUAAAAUCUAAUUACUUAAUAAGAUUCAGCAGCUACUUAAGUUUAUACUUUUGAUGAUGAAGAAGAAUAUUAGGUUAAUUCGACUAGCAUCAAUUCAUAUAGUUAAUUUGUUGAAUUUGCUAAGGAAGUAAAAUCAAAGAUAUUUGAUUAAUUGAAUGAAAUAUUGUAAAAGUUACUUCAAUUUGUGGCAACAACAAAUAAGGAUAUAGUAAAUAAAUAUAAAACUAGACAAAAUUAUUAAAUCUCAUAAAGAUUAGCACCUUUAUUUUAAGCAACAAAUGAAAAUAAACCUUAUUUGAGUAAUUUGUAAUGUCAUUAUAUGUCAAAGAUAAUGAAAAAUGGAUUAUUAAUAUUUGAUGAAUUGCAUGAUCAUUAAAGAAAUCAUUUUGAAAUUUUAGAUUAUAAAAAGAAAACAAUUCCUUAAUUUAUGCAAUUUUUUAUUUAAUUUUAAGAUCCUAUAAAUUUUAAAAAUAUUUUUGAACCAAAUUCAAAAUUAUUAUUAAAAAUUUCAGUUAAUUUAAUAAAGACAUGUCCAGAAACACAUUGUCUUCCAUUAUUAUUAUAGGAUCAUUUAUAAAUAUUAAGUCAUCCAGAAAAUUAAGCAUAACCUAAAUUAUCAGUUAAAUAUUAUAUAGAAUUUCUAUUAAAUUUAUAUUUGAGAGAAUUGUAAACAACUCCAGAAUUGCCAUCUAGAUUUGGAUAUUGUAGAGGAGGUUAAUUGAUACAAACAAACAAUUAAAAAACUUAAAAUGUUUCAUAAAAAGAUUAAGAUGAAUACAUUUCAUUAAUAUAAAAAUUAUUAAGAAUUCCUAUAAGAUUAUUUCCAAGAGUGAAAUGUUAAUAAAAUGAAGAACCAAUAGUAAAACCAUUGGUGAAAUAAUUAAUAUUAUUUUUUGUAAAAAAAUCUCAUGAAACAUAUUAUCCUAUUGACUUUUUAGGAUUAUUAUUAUCAUUAGUUAAAAGAAUAUAGAAUAAUGAUUAAGGAGAGGGAUUAUCAAAAUAUUUUUAAUAAUUAUGUGAUAAAUAUGAUCGAAAUGAUAGAUAAUAGAUUUUAUAUAGAUAGUAAUAUGAAUUAUAUCAUAAAACAAAUUUGAGUGGAGUUAAUAUUGUUUUAAAUAUGUUUGAGUUGUUUUAAACUGGAAUAGUAGAAAUAUAGGAUAUUGUUGCAGAAGUAAUAGCUAAUUUCCCAUUGCAAAAAACAAUUCAAAUUAAUUUAGCUAAAUAAUAUCCAGUUUUUGCAUAAUGUUUGUUUAGAGCCUUACAUAAUAUAUCUACAAUUGAAAAUUAAGUAAUUCAAAAAACAUUAAUGUUAUUGGAGAAUAUUGUAACUAAUUUGAGUAUGGAAGAGAUGAGAGAAUUCUUUGGAGAUUUACUUUAACCAUUCAUUGAAAAAUUACUUACAUUUCCAUCAGAAUAUAAAAUGGCAGAUAUAUAUUCAAAAUAAGUUAAUUUAUUUUUGGAUCCUUCAUUUAAAUCAUUAAAAAUAUUAUCAAAAUUGGGAGCUUUGGUUAGAAAAUCAGAAUGGCCUAUUGAAAUUAAAAGAACUCAUACUGAUAAUCCAUUUAUUAGAAAUUAAUAUUUGGAAGUAUAAAUAGAAGGGUUGUAAACUAAUUUAAAAAUCAACCUUUCUGAAACAGUAAGAUGUGCAGUAGAAAUUUUAUAAAAUGUUUUAGAAUAACAAUUAGCUACAUAUUUAUUUAAAUAAUCUUCAAUAUAGCAUAGUUAUUCAAUUGUAAAAAUGGUACUAUUAGGAUAUUAUUAAAUGCCUAUUUAAUUUGAUCAUGAUAUAUACAAUUAUCAAAUACCUGAAGGGAUGGCAUUAGAUAUGAAAUUAUAAUCACGUUAAUGUGAACAAGAUCUAUUAAUGUAUUAAGAUGAAGAAUUAAUAUCAGCAGUAACUAAGGUGUUUAUUGGUUUAAGCAAUUUUCAUAAUAUAAUUUAGACACUCACAACAGCUACAUUUCACAAGAUUAAAGAGGAUGUUGAGAAUGUUGUAACUACUUUAUCUGAGAUGUUUUUUAUUCAAUUAGCUGAUGAUCAUUGUGAAUAAAUAUAGUAACUCAAAUAAAUAAAACCAGAUUUAAAUUCACUAUAUGCUAUGACAGAAGAUAUUGUAGAUAAAUAUUUAAGAGAGAGACCUCAAUAUAUUAAAUGGAUAUCUCAUCUCUUCAAAGGUUUAAAUAAGAGAUAUAUGUUAACAGCUGAAGAAAAUAUGAAUUUCAAAGAUUUCUACAUUCAACAGCAUGAAUUUAUUUGGAAUAAAUUGCUUAUGGGCAAUUGUCUUAAGAAAUAUAAGAGAAUAUUGAGUAAUCAUUUGAAAAAUAAUAAUGAAAAUAUGUUAUGGGCUUAUAAUGUCUAUUAUACAGUAGUUGUUCGUUUAUUUGAAGAAUUUGUUUAUGAGAAGUUUGGGAAAUAAACCUAAUUAUAAAAGGAAGAUGAUCGUCGUAAAAAAAUAUAAAUAGUUUAAUGUAAUUAUUUAAUAUGAAUUAUUCCUAGCAUAUGGAGGAACUAUGAUUCCAUCAGAGGGAUUGAAUUGCAGAUCGAUUUCUAUUGAAUUACUAACAGAAUUAUAGACUCUUAGACCAAAAUUUGAAGAUUAUUAUACAUCAAAUCAAAUAAUAGGAUUACCAUAUAUUCCUGAUUAAAGAAUUGUAGAAUGUUCAUUCAUAUUAUUAAGAUAAUUAUCAGAAACAAUACGAGUAGUAUCAUAAUAGCUUACUAAAAAUUUAUUAUUUUAAACAUUGAAUUAAUUAAUUGAGAAUCUUAAUUAUGAUCAUUCAAAAUAACCUCAUUCUCAUUAAAGCACACUUAUAUUAUAGAAUAGAUUAAGAGAAUUUGUUAAGGUUAUUACAUAAAAUUGCCUUACUUUUAAAAAAUCAUUGUUAUAGAUUUGCACUGAACUAUUUGAUCAUCUUAUUGCCAAUUAUUAUUAAGGUAAUGCUGGUCCUUUAUUUUAUAUGAAUAUUGGAGAUGGAAUGAAUUCAAGAUUUGAUGAAUAAAUUAAACCUAUUCCUUUAGAUGACAUAACUGGAUCUAACUUAUCUUAAUUAUAUUGGGUUAAUAUAGACUAUUCUGAAAUCCCUACUUCUCCAUAUACUCAAAAUACAGUUUUAAGAGAGUUAGUCUUAAUCAUAAAGCAAUUAUGUGAAGAAUAGAAAAUGUCAGAUAUGACUGCUUAGAGGUAUGCCAAUGGUUUUAGAAUAUUGACUUAUUUACUAUAAAAGUAAGGAAAGUUUAAGUCUGUUUAGUAUCAUUUAUUUAAAGUUGUUUAAUUUGAAAAGGAACUUUCAUUGGUACCAUGUAUUGAAGAAUUUGUUUAAUUAUCUUUUAAAAUAAUACAAUAAAAUGAAGAAACUUAUUAUAAACAAUCAAAAUUAAUUCUUACUAAUGAUGAUUAAUAGUAAUAGAAUGCUCAAAUCAAUGUGUCUCAUGGAUUAGAUGAUUUAGAAUUUAAAAUUAAUAUUGAAGAUAUAGAUUUUGAAAUCAAAUGGUAAAGUUAUAUGGUUGUGGCUAUUUAUGGUUUUUUAAAAUCUAUGGCAACUGUUAAUUAUAUUUAUCUCAUAUAAAAACAUCUUCAGAAAAAUAUAGAUAAAAAUCUAACAGUUAAGCCAGUCAUUCUAGCAAUGAAAUUCAAAAUUGUUGAAAUUCUGUAUGAAGGACUUUUAAGAGUUGAAUCUAGUAUAAGAUAGGCAGGUUAUAGAUAUCUUUAAGAUUUAUUAUAAUAGGAAGGUAUAUCUAAUGAUAAAACAUUGUUUGAAAAUGAUGAUAGAUUAAAAAAAGUUAUGAAACCAUUACUUACAUGUGUUUAGUCUGACAUUUUUCAUUACAUACCAUCAUUUUUAAAGUCUUUAAAACUCAUAUUGAAAUUAUUUAGUAAGGUUUUCCAUAAAGCACUAUCUGAUAAAUUAUAAGGACAUUUGACUAAAAUAGUAUAAGAAAACAUUCAAUAAACUCUGAAUCAAAAUGGUCAAUUUUGCACAACAAUGGAAUGGUUUUAUCAAUAACAUUAAUCAUAAGAAUCAUUAAAUUUUUAAAUGGGUAUCAUAUCUGGACUCUUGAAAUUAUUUUAACAUUUAACAUCUUAACUUACUAAUCCAGCCAAUGGAGCUUAAAAUUUAAAUAUUGUAUAGAGAAUAAUUACUGAUACAAAUAAUCUAAGACGUAAUUAUGUUUUUAAAGUAUCAUAAAUGUAAUUAAAUCAAUCAAUUGAUAAACCAUUAGUAAAAUUCUUAAAUACACUAGCUGCCAAUUAUUUUGAUGUAUUCUAAUCUUGUUAUAAUAUUGGAUAAAUUUCAUAAUUUUAAAAAUAAUUAGAAGGAGUGGGUCAAUUAUUAUCUAAUUAAACUCCAAUCAAAGGUCUUUGGGAAUAAUUAAGAGAACGUUUAUAAUAUAUUAAAACAGUCAGAUAAAUAAUUUCAGAGCCAACAGCAUUUCCAUUAAGAGAGAAAUUAUGUAGAGAGAAAAGUUAAUUGGCAUUAAAGAUGGAACGUUUUAAUAAAAUUAUAGAUGAUUUAAGUAGUGCUUUAGAAAAAGGGUUAUCAACAACUUAAACACUUUUGAGUUAAGAAUUAUAAUAAUCAUUUCAUUAAUCUUAUAUAUAAAAAUUGAUAAAUGUGAUAAGUGAAAUAAAAAUAGAAAUUGUUUAAUUUGGUUUUUAAUUAUGUAAGAGGAAUCCUUCAUGUUUGAAGAAGAAUAGUCAUAUUUUAGAGAAUUGUAUCUUAAAUAAUAUUAAGGAUCUUUUAGAGAAAUAGAAACCAAAUAAUCAAAAUAGGAAAGUUUAAUAAAGUCAAUUAUAAUAAGCUUAUAAUUAAUUGAUACUUUCUAAUUAAUAAAUAAAUAGUUUAUUAAAUAGACAUUGUAGUAUGUUAAAAUAAUACAUUUCAUAAAAUGAAGAUAGUAGACCAGCUAUUUAAGGAAUGCUUAGAUUGAUAUUAUAUUCAACAUAAGAUAAAGUAAAAAAAUGGGUAAUGAAUGUAGCAAUGAAUAAAUCAAUAUCUUUAAGAAAAAGAAUAAUUGAAAUAUGGAUGGAUAAUUUCAAAUUUUCUGAUGAUGAUCAAUUAAAUUAAAUAUAAAUGAUUACUGGAUAUCAUGUAAUAUAUCCUAUUUUAUUCCAUUCUAAUUAAAGAAAUGAUUUAAGUUAAAUUAGUUAAUUGUCUUUAUUUUAAAGAAUGAAAGAGAUAAAUGAUGAUUUUUUUAAAUAUUAUGGUAAAAUAUUAAGUGAUAUUGAACAUCAUUGUCCUAUGAAUUUUACUUAUAAAUUACCUAAUAAUUUAACAGCUAAAUUAUCUGAUGUAAAUCAUUAUUAUAAAUCAUCUGUUAUUGAUAUGCUAUAAAUUAGUUCAUAUUUAUUAUGCUUUUAAGAAUAAUAAUUACCAUCAGAGUUAAAAAUGUCUUUUUUGUAAUUUGGAUAUGAUAUGAUUAAUAAAUCAGAUAAAUUGGUUGCAUUUCAUGCUAAUUUAUAUUUUAGUAAAUUCUUAAAAAAGAUAGGAUUAAUAUAAAAUGAUCCUAUAUCUGUUAAUAAGAGAUAUUUAAAAAUAUAUAAUAAAGCAUUAAAAUAAUUAGAUGAAAGUGGAUAAUCUGAAUAAGAAUUAUAUAGUUUAUGUAAAAAAAUAUUUAGUGUUGUUUUACCUUGGUUAGAUUAAGUAGAAGUACAAGAUUAAAAAGAUUGGAUUUAAGCAACAUAAUAAUUAUUGAAAUAAGAAUCAUCUAAUUUAGAUUUUGAAUAAGCUUAAAAAGUUAGUAGAUUUUGGUCUAUGUUUAUAAAGAAUCAUAAAAUAUUUCAUAAACAUCAUGAAUCAUUUACAAUUCAUAUUAUUAAUUCUAUGUAAUAAAUUGGAUUUUUCAAUUAAAAUUAAUCACCUUAAGCUCCAAUAAUUAUUAAUAGUUAUCAAAAUUAUAGAAGAAUUGCAUUAGAUAUGGCAUUUUUAUAAGUUGAAUGGAAAACUAAAUUAAUAAAAAAUGACUUAUUAUAAAAUAAUACUAAGAAAUUCCGUGAUUCAUUCUAUUAAAGUGAAGCUUAAAAUCAUGAUGAAUCUUUAUCAAGUGAAAUUUAUUAAUCCUUUUUUAUAAAAUAAUCACUUAAAGCUCAUAAUAUUGAAGAUGCUGAAUUACAAAAAAGAGCAUUAUAUUUAUUAAAGAAGAUAUUGAUAAUUGCUCCACUUACUAAUUACAAAAUGAAUAUGGAUACAGUUAAGAAGAAUAUUGCAAAUCUGAUGAAUUAAAUAGUGGAACCUUAAUAAGGAAAUUAAAAUAUGAGAGCAAUUUAAUAAUAACCUACUGCUUAUUUUAGAUAUUUCAUAAUUGUAUUACAUAUACUUACUAUUAUUGCUGAGUUCUAACCUUCUAAUAAAAUAAAUUAAUUGUAUUAACCAUUUUUUGAUAUAAUCUUUCAUAUGAAUUAAUUACCAGAUCAAGUAUAAUAAUAAAUGCCACCUAGACCUAAUGCAGGUAGAAUUCCUCAAACAUAACCUAGACAACCACCUCCAUAAAAUAGGGUAUAAUAUCCUUAACCUCCUAUGGAUAGAGGUUAAUAACAUUAAAAUGCAUUAUCAUAAGAUCAUGCACCACUUGUAUUUUCAAUUUUUAAUAUAUUCAGAAAAUUACUAAAGAAUGCAAAAGAAAAUUAGAAUGAAUAAAGUGAUUAAUUUUAUAAUUAACUAUCAAAUUGGGUUAAUUCAACAAUAUCAUAACAUCCUUAAUUUAAGAGGAAUAGUCAAUAAUAAAUGAAUUAAUUUAUGGGAUCCAGAAUUCCAACAUAAGUAUUGAAAGUUCAUAUUUUAUCAAUCUUUUUAUUAAAGUUGUUUUUUAAUCAUGAUAUCACUUAUGUAAGACCUUUGUUACCUUCAUUAAAGAGAAUAGCUGAAAUGUUGAUUGAAUACUUGAAGUAGAAGGAUAAGGGAGAUUAAUAUUUAGAGAAUAUGAGAAAAUAUACAAUUCCUAAGAAAUAGUUUAAUAUUAGAGAGAAUGAAUAAUGGGAAAAUGAUUCUUAGAAGUAGUACACACAUUCAGAUUUAUCUUAAUAUAUCAGUGAUUUUGGUUUGAUGACAGAUGAUUUUCCAUUUGGAGUAAAGAAAAGUGAUGAAAUGUUAUAUUUUCCAGAAGAAUUUCCUGAAAAUUAAAAGAUUAAAUUUCAUUUAUAUAGAUCAGCACUUCAAAAGACUUUAAAAAUGAUAGCUUAUAAUUUUGAUGAAAUUAAAGAUUAAAAAGAAUAGAUUGAAUAUUUAUAAAUGUUAAUAUGGAUAAUAGAAUCAGUACCUGAUUAUGAAUUGAAAUUGGAAUGUAUAGCUAUAUUAAGAAUGUUAUUUAUUAAUGGAAUUUCAAAUGGAGAAGGUUAUUUAUAAGCAAUAUCAGUUUAUCUAUCUCCAGUGAGAUCAUUCUAAGUAAGAUAAGAGUUAAAGAAAAUGGAGGAAAAUUAAUAGUUUAAACCAUCUAAAAUGUCAUAUGAAUUAUAAUUAAGUUUCUUUUUUGAUUUGAAUAAAUUCCAAAGCAUGUUUGAUAAAAAGAUAGAUUAAAGAAGUUCUGAUAGUUAUGAUAAUCAACAUGGGAAAAUAUAAGAUCUUAAAGUAUUCAAAUUAUAUUUUAUUUUCUUAUGUGAAUUAUUAUUAGUAUAUCCAUUUAAGAAAUAAUAAGGAUCAAUUAAUAGUGGAUUUUAUUUAUUAAAGAAUAUAUUUGAUAAAGGUAAUGGUUCAUUAAGAGAAUUUAGACGUAUAUUAUUAGCCAUAAGUAAAUUGAGUACAUGUUUGGAUUAUUUACAAUUCUUUUAUAAAAUGAUAUUAGAUAUUUAUGGAUAUACUUAUGAUAGAUUCUUAUAAUUUGUAUUAGGAGAUCCUAGUAGUAAAUAGUAAGAUUAACCACUUUAAACAGAAGGAGAAGAGAUAAUGUUGAUGGCAGUUAAAUUAAUGAUUUUAGGAAGAGGAUAUAUGUUAUCUCCAAAAGUAUUCUAACCAACUCAACCAAAUCAAAUUAUUGUAAAAGUAGUACAAAAAGAUGAAGAUUCUAUAAUGAGAGAACAAGUAUUAAAUAAAUAUUUGGCUAUAUAUUAUAGAAAGAAAUAUUGGUAGAAAUUGUAUAAUUCAAGUAUUAAAUUAUUUACAAGUGAAUAUUUACCAUCUAUUGUAAUAUACAAUUUAUCAUAUAUUCCAAUUUAAGAUUAACCAUAAUAACCAUUAAGAGAAUGUAUUAUACCAAGUGCUGCUAUUGAAUUGAUGGGUACAGCUGCUAAUGUAAGUAGUCGAUUGCUUAAACCAAUAUUUAAUCAAGUUAUUAUCAAUGAUAUCAAAACUAUAACUCAAAUAACUGAUUAUGUUUCAUAAUAAUCUAUAUCUAAUGGAACACUAUAGACUAUAUCUAAUUAUUUAGUUCAAUAAAUAUAAUCUCAGAUAUCCAAUAUUUAUGAUAUAAUGGAGAAUCAAUAGACUUAACUUAAUUUCAAUAAUUUAAUCAUGUGUCUUAAAUAAAAGAAUUUAUUACCAUCAGCAUAAUAUUUAUUAGAAUAUAUUUAUUAAUAUUUGAAUGAAGAGGAUUCAUCCUAUUAUUCAUAAUUAAAUGAAGAUAUCCUAAUAUAAUUAUAAGGUGUAUAUUAAGAAUAAUGGAAUAAAUAAUGUUUAUUGGGUUGUAAAGCAUUGACUGCUACUUAACCUUGGGUUAGAUAAUUAGUUUUAAUUAAUUAAUUAAGAGAACCUGCUCAAUCCUAUUAAUUAAUAUUAAAUAAUUAAGAAACUGUUGAUUAAUUUUGGUUGUAAUUAGAAUAAGAAACUAAUGAAACUUAAGGUAUUCAAAAAGAAUAUGAUUAAUAAAUUAUUCAUUAACUAUUUACAGAAUCAUUAUAAUAAUUAAAUUAAUGGAAUACACUCAAAUAAGUAGAUUUAAGUAAAGUAUAAGCUGUUUAAAAUAAAAUUAUUAUGGGUUUUAGAGAAAGAUAAAGAGAAACUACAGAUUAAGGAUGGAAAGAGUUGAAUUCAUUAUCAGAGAUCAAAUAAAAUAUUUAAUAGAAUGAUCAUUAUUGUUAUAAUUAAGCUUAUUUCAAACUACUUGAUUUUGUUAGAGAUGAAGCAUAAUCAAAUUAACAUGGAAGAGGUGGUAAUCAUGUUUUAUAAUCAAUUGAAUAAAAUCUUAAAUAUGCACAAAUUAUCAAUUGUUAUAAUUUCAUAAAAACACUUCCAAAACUCACAUAAUCAUAUGAUUAAAUGAUGUCAUCACCUUAAUUAUGGGGUAGUAAAUUCCUUAAUUUUGUAUCUCAAUUCUAAUUAUAUACAGAAUUAGAAGAAAGUCUCAGAUAAUAUGCUCCUACUUAACCUGCCUUUCCUGGUUAAGCUUAAACUGGUUAUGAUUAAUUAUUAGAUAUAAUAUCUAAUUCAUAUUAAUCUAGUCUAUUAUGUAAGAAGUACUUUUUUGAAAGACAACCAACAAUUAUAGAUUAAUAAGAGUUUACUUUUGAUUUAAUCAGUUAAAGAAUGGUUUAAUUAUAAAUGUGUUUAUAAAGAUUUAAUGGUUAAUUAAGUUAAUUACUUACUAAUCAAUAAUUACCUGCAAAUACAAGUUUAGAUCAAAAGAGUUAUUAAUUAGCUGCUUUGGAUUAUAAGACUUUAUUAUAUCCAAUGAGAUAUUAUUAAUAAAAUGGAAUCUUUGAAUUGUUUGAUGAAUAAUAAAUUCUAAAAGAAAUACCUAAAGUUUUAUAAGUUUAUGCUGAGAAAAUAUAUUAAUUAGAGAAAAUCAAAUUUAAAACAAUUAAAUUUUAAGAUGUGGAUAAUAAUUAAUCAAAUUUGACUGAAUUACUUAAUUAUUUCAAUUCCUUAUAAUUAGGAACAUAUAGUGCAGAAGAAUUCAAAAAUUAUAUGAUAAGUAAAAUAAGAAGAUAUAAAAUGAUCAAUUAAUUUUAUAAAUUAUUAAGAUUAGAUCAAUCAAAUGAGUCUAAUUCUAUGUAAAUUGAAGAAUAAAAACUAGAAGUAAUGGUUAGUUAAACAAAUGAUUUCUUCAUUCAAAAUUAAGUUAAUUAUUUGAAAUUUUGGAAAGAAGCUCAUAAAAUAUAUUAACUUGCUCAUAAAAAAUAUAGCAAUAAUAUAAAAUUUGCACAUCAUUAUAUUUAAAUAACACCCUUAAGUAUGUAAUAUAAACCAUAAAAAUUCCCAAUUACAGGUAUGUAUAUGUUUUAUAUUCUAAAUAUCACAAAUCAAACUGAUUCAAUUGUAACAGAUGCAUUCUCUUAAAUAGUUGGAUUGAUACCUUUACAUUUAUUAUAAAGAUUCUUAACUUAAUUAGUAUCAACUUAUCUUUAAACUCCUUGUGAUUAAACAAGAAAAGAUUGUUUAGAUGCUAUCAAUAAAUUAUGCAUAUUUAAUCCUCUUAAUAGUUUAUAACUAAUAUAAUAUUUAAAAAGUUUAGGAUAAUGUACUGAUGAGAGAUCAUUAUAACUUAUUAAUUCUAUUCAAAAAUCAUCAAAAUUAAAUUAGAAAAUAGCAUCAAUUUAUUCAUUACGUUAUCUUUAUAAUUCUAUAUUUGAUUAAUAAGUAUGGGAUAAUGUUGAAGAAAUAAUAUAUUAAUGUGGAAAAAUCUUAGAUUCUAAACAUUUUGAAAUUAAUUCUAAUAAUAUAAAUGAUAGAUGUUAAUAUAUUUUAAAUAUUAUUUAAAAGAAUCCUUAAAUUAAAGAUAUGAUUAAGUAAUAUUGGUAAUUUAAUGAUUUAAAUAAAUAGUUAAAAAAUGAUUAACUUAAAACUAUAUAAUCAAUUUAUUUGACUACUUUAAAAUGUUUAUAUAUUAAUCUAUUUGGAGUCAAAAUGAGUUUUGAAGAAGAUUUUCCAUUAUAAUUAAGUAAUUCUAUUAAUUCAUUAAUGUCAAAAUAAAUUUAAAUUGAUUAAUUAUAUUCAAUUAAUGAUGAAUUUUAAAUGAAUCAACUACCAAUGUUAGGAAUAGAUGGAUAAAUUAAAAGAACUCAAGCAUAUGAUACAAUUUAUAUCACAAAUAUGUUUCCAACCAUUCAUAUUAUGUUUUUAAGGAGAAAACGAUUUAUUAGAUAAAUAGCUUUAUUAGGGAAUGAUGAAAAGAAAUAUUUCUUCCUUUUAAAAACUAAAAAAAUUGAAAAUAAGAAACCUAUAUAAAGUAUUCUUGAUGAACAUAUAUCAACUUAAUUUGUGAAAAUGACAAAUACAUUAAAUUAAAAUCAUAAGGAAACUAAAAUUAGAAAUGUAAAACAUAUGGUUACAGAUAAAUAUCUUUUAGAAUAUGAUAAACUAAAUUAUUAAUUAGAACCAUAUUAAGAAGAAACCUAUAAUCUUAGUAAUAUUCUAGAUACUAUUCUCUAAAUUCAUUAUCAUAAAAACCCUAAGAAUGAUCCCUCUAACAAAAUACCAUAUUAUAAGUAUUUAUAUAAUUAUUAUAAUAUAGUACAUAAGUAGAUUAAAUAUAAAAAAAUGAUUUAACAAAUAUUAUUUUAAGAUUUUCAAAAACAAUUGACACUUUUGUUUAAAUUAGAAAAAUAAUGGUUGUCAAUAUUGCAGUUUAAUUUGCUCUAUCCUUUACUAUGGCUAGUAGUUAAUCACCAAAAUAAUUGGAAAACCUAUAAAUUAAUUUGAGUAAUGGAAACUUCUAUCAAAAGAAAUAUUUAUUCAAAGUAAAUAAUCAAAGACUCACUUUAUAUGAUCCAUUUGCUAUUAGAUAUUCAAGAAAUAUUGAACAUUUAGUUGGUGAAAUAAAUUUAAAUGCAUAUUUAAUACCAACAUUUACAGCAACCAUCAUUGGCAUUCUUAAUAAUGAGUAAUAAUAUAUAAUAUUAUUAUUAGUCUAUAAGAAUAUUUGAAUGUAGUAUUUUGGUAAUUGGGAUGCAAAGAUUCUCUAGAACCUUUUAUUAAAAAAUUAAAAGAUAUAGUUUAUGAUAAUGGAAUUAUUGAUUCUAAAUGUGAUAGAUUAAUUGCUAUAUCUAAGAAUUUAUUUAGUGGUUAAGAGAAACUUAAAUUAUGGGCCAAAAGAUGGUUCUGA